CGGCCCGUCCCGUCGCGGGGCUCGGCGGGCUCAGCCGCGGCUCCGCUCCGCUCCCCCGGUGCUGCCCCCUCCCCAUGCGGGUGUCGCGGGUGGGCGGCAGCCGCCGGCCCCCCCCGCCCCGGCAUGGCUCGGUUCUCCGUCAAAGAGCACUUGGACGGGAUCCUCUCCGACUUCGAAGCACUGAAGAAGUCCUUUGAGGUGGAGGAUGGGGACGGGGCGUCCGGCUCCCCACUGGUGUCCCCGCUGCCCUUGGGCACUGGUGAGAGCUGCCGGCCGCUGCAGCCCGACCACCCGCCCCGCUCAGGCACCGCUGCCGGCCCCAGCCCAGCUCCCAGCCCAGUGCUGCACAGCCGGCUCAGCACCAGCCUCUCCGCUGGCCGAACCAACGGCAGCGCCAGCACCGGCAUCACCCGCAUCGCCUCCUUCCAGACUCACCAGGGCUUCAUUGCGGGGCCGGGCAGUGACGGCGAAAGUCUCCGCAGCUCGUCCUCCAGCCUGGAGAGCCCUGCGCCCACGGGGCCCCCCCAGCCACCAGGCUCCCCCACAGCUACUGGCCCCAGCUUGAAGAAGGUCCCGUCCCAUAACAGCGUCUUCCCAGCAGAACUGGAGCAUCCCCUCUGUGGGGCUGCCGCCAGCCACGGCUCACUGCCAGCGCUGGACCUGCACAUCGCUGAGGAGCCAGGGGUGGGGACCCCCCAGCUGGACCCCCUGCCGUGGGGCAGCCAGAGCUCUGCCACUCAGCCUCUCACCCACCAGCCUUCCUCCUCCCUGGCCCCAUAUGAUGGCACCGAGGAAGCCCCAGGGCUGCUCACACUCCCCGAGGGGCCAGGGGGGCAGCUGCCAGGAGGGUGGGAUGUGGCCCCCCGCACCCUGCCCCGGCCACAGCUGAGGGUCAGCCUCAGCGCCAGCCCCAGCCCGGCAUGCCGGCCCCUGCCGCUCGCCCGGGGCCAGGGGGAGGCACCCCCGGCCCCCACCGCCCCUUCCCCAGCGAGGGCUGGGGGGCUGCCAGCCCCCCAAGCCACCACCUUCAAGCUGGUGUCCCAGCCGCAGACGGUGCAAGUGAGCUCUCAGCCCACCUUCCUUGGGGGGCUGGUGCUGGUACCGGCCCUGGGGACUCUGGCAGCGGCCACUGGAAUCAGGGCAAACCCCCCCGGUGCUGGGCUGGCGGGGCUGCGGGGACCCUGCGUGGUGGCAAUGGCUCCUGGUGAUGCUGCAGAUGGCGGCUGGGCUGCGGUGACGCCAGAGCACGGGAGCAGCCUGGAGCCUGAGGAGCGCAGCAUGGAGCCAUCGGCCAUGCCGGAGGAGGAGAUGCCCCCCAGCGUGGCACCCAGCCCGGCGGGCUGCCAGCUCUUCGGUUAUGUGGGAAUCGAAGCCGUGCUCGACCAGAUGAAAAUCAAAACCAUGAAGACGGGCUUCGAGUUCAACAUCAUGGUUGUGGGGCAGAGCGGGCUGGGGAAGUCAACGAUGGUGAACACCCUCUUCAAGUCCAAGGUGAGCCGCAAAGCCUCGCAGCCCAGCCAGGAGGAACGCAUCCCCAAAACAGUGCAGCUGCAGUCCGUCACCCAUGUUAUCGAGGAGAAGGGCGUGAAGAUGAAGCUGACGGUGACGGAUACACCGGGCUUUGGGGACCAGAUCAACAAUGAAAACUGCUGGGACCCCAUCAUCAAAUACAUCAACGAGCAGUAUGAGAGGUACCUACGUGAGGAGAUCCUCAUUACCCGCAAGAGGAAGAUCCCGGACACCCGGGUCCAUGGAUGCGUCUACUUCAUCCCCCCCACGGGUCACUGGCUGCGCCCGCUGGACCUAGAAUUCAUGCGGCGGCUCAGUAAGAUUGUCAACGUGGUGCCAGUGAUCGCCAAAGCUGACACGCUCACCCUGGAGGAACGGGCAGAGUUUAAGCAGCAGAUCCAGGCGGACCUGAAGACCCACGCCAUCAGUGUGUACCCGCAAGAGGACUUUGACCAGGACCCAGAUGACAGGGUGUUGAAUGACAGGAUUCGGGAGAAGAUCCCUUUUGCCGUGGUGGGGGCAGACCAGGAGCACCAGGUCAACGGCAAGCGGGUGCUGGGCCGCAAGACCAAAUGGGGCAUCAUUGAAGUGGAGAAUCCAGCGCACUGCGAGUUCCCCCUCCUGCGGGACCUGCUGAUCCGGUCCCACCUGCAGGACCUGAAGGACAUCACCCACAACGUCCAUUACGAGAGCUACCGUGUGCGGCGGCUGAACGAGAGCAACCGGCCAGCACUGAGCCCCCUCAACGGGCUGCCUGGCAAGGCCGAGGGCAGCAGUGACCUCUGAGCCACCACGUGCCCCCCGGCGCUGCUGCUGGACCCCCAUAGCAGUGCCCAUCCCCUGCCCAGCAGUGGCUGUGCCCGGACCCUGCCCGGGGUGAGGAGCCCCCCGAGAGUGCCAGACUGCCUCGGGUUGGGGUCCCCAGGUCCUUUGUCCCCAAGCUCCGCCGUGGGCACAGACCCCCUGGACCCUGCACAGCAUUAAAGAUGAAGCUGGAGCCUUCAACCUUCGCCAUCA